AUGUUGUCUCUUCUCUCUUCUCUUUUAUCUCUCCUCUUUGUGUUUCUCAUCUCUUGUUGCAUCAUCACAAACCAUUUUAGCUUCCGGCCUCUUUCCUUGCUUAAACUCCUCGGAGUCAUCAAAUUCACAGCUUCGAGAGACGAUGAUGACCACUACAAACGUGACGAGGGAACUUAUGUGGUCGGAGAGGAGGAGCUACAAAGAGAGCUGAUGCCGAGACACGUGGCAGUGAUAAUGGAUGGAAACCGGAGAUGGGCCAAACGGGAAGGAUUGCUGACGUCGCAAGGCCAUGAGGCCGGAGCUAAACGGCUUAUAGAGUUCUCCGAGCUCUGCUUCAAAUUGGGGAUUCAUACAGUCUCAGCUUUUGCUUUCUCAACAGAGAAUUGGGGCAGACACAAGAUUGAGGUUAAGUGCUUAAUGUCUUUGAUACAACACUACCUCAAGUCCAAAAUCCAAUAUUUCCAAAGAGAGGAAACUCGAGUUUCUAUUAUCGGGAAUCUAACAAAGAUCCCUGAAUCUCUACGCCAAACAAUCCACGAGAUAGAGGAAGCUACAAAAGGCUAUAAAAAGAAACAUCUCAUAUUGGCAAUAGAUUACAGCGGGAGAUUAGACAUCUUACGCGCUUGCAAGAGUAUUGUUCAUAAAUCAGAAACUGGAUUGAUCCGAGAGGAAGAUGUAGACGAGGCAAUGAUCGAGAGAGAGCUUCUGACAAAUUGUACUGAGUUCUCAAGUCCUGAUCUACUGAUUAGGACUAGUGGAGAACAGAGGAUUAGUAACUUCUUCCUGUGGCAGCUCGCUUACACUGAGCUCUUCUUCUCACCGGUCCAUUGGCCUGAUUUUGAUAAGGGUAAGCUUGUAGAGGCCUUGGUUUCAUAUCAACGCAGAGAAAGACGAUUUGGCUGUCGAGUUUGAUCCACAUUUGGUCCACUAUGUUCAUGUAAGAUUUCAACAAAAAUACUUUUAGAGAUCAUUGUACUUUCAUAACUUUGUGUAGAUAAAUCGAAAAAUUGCGAAUAAAAUCAGCCAUGCAGUUUCUUGUUUCAUUUCUUGCUUCGCCUACACAUAACUAAAACUGAAUCUUGCAAUACAAGUAACUAUAAUAUCCCAAAAGGCUUAUUGAAAGCAGUGUUCUUGAGGCAUAAACAACAAAUCCAUUAUUACAUAUUUAUACAGUUUCCAUUACACCAAUUAGUUUAUUGCAAGAAAAAAAACUCAAGAUUUCCGACCACCAAAGCGUCGUUGUCUCUGCUGAAACGA